CGGAGCUUCAGGACACAUUGGUGGGGUUGUCUGCCCAGGGAAGUCCGGUUGGCAUUAUAGUAGCAUCAGGUGGCUGAAAAGAGAGUUAACAUAUAAAGCCAAACAAGUUGUUGACUAAUCAUGAACCUAAAGGCUAGAGUAGUGCAGAUGAAGAGUUGGGAGGGGUCUCCAUUCUGUAGAUAGUUAGUAGGCAUAUUUUAGUUAUAUUCCACAUGGCCUGUGGCUAUAUUAGGGUGUUUUUUUUUUUUUUUACAUCAAAAGACUAGAAAGUUGAGCCUUUUAUGUUUAUAAUGUCUUACCCAUAGGUCCAGUGUUAUCAAGUGAAAAAGCUGUGCUGGUGGAUUUAAAGCAUAUUCUCAAGGUGCUGCUGUGACUACAAUUCAUCUUUUGGCCUGCAAAGGAAGCCAAAGAAGGAGGAGUAAUUGAAAGUUCUUCAGGCUUUGCUGGUGGAUUUAAAUCAUAAUCUCAAAUUAUUGCUGUGAUUUCUCUUCACUUUCUGGCCUGAAAGGAAAUUGAGAGACAGAAGAAAAAACAUGGCAGUUUCUCAGGGCUCAGUGACCUAUGAAGAUGUAACGGUGACCUUCACUCAGGAGGAGUGGGCACUACUAAAUCCUUCAGAGAAGAAACUAUACAGAGAUGUUAUGUGGGAAAACUUAAGAAACAUUUUCUCAACAGGAAAAAUACAAGGAGACAAUUACAAUGAGGAGCAGCAUAACCACCAAGGAAGUAAACAAAGUUGUAGAGUAGUGAAAAUCUCUGGUGGCCAAAAAAGAAGUCAAAAUGAUGAGAAACAAAGAAUGCAAAGUGAAGGAAAAUCCUAUGAAUGUGAACUAGAAGCAAACUAUGAAAGCACUCACAGUGGAGAAAAACACUGUGAAUAUAACCUAUGUGGAAAAACAUUCCUUUCACCUUGUUAUCUUUAUAGGCAUGAAAACAUUCACAGUGGACAGAAACUCUAUGAGUGUAAACAAUGUAGAAAAACAUUCAGUUGUUCCAGUUCUCUUAGGGCACAUAAAAGAAUACACAGUGGAGAGAAACCCUAUGAAUGUAAACAAUGUAGUAAAACCUUCCGUUAUUCCAGUUCUCUUAGGGUACAUAAAAGAAUUCACAGUGGAGAGAAACCCUAUGAAUGUAAACACUGCAGUAAAACAUUCAGUAGAUCAAAUCAUUUUAGGUAUCAUGAAAGAGCUCACAAUGGAGAGAAACCUUAUGAAUGUAAAGAAUGUAGUAAAACAUUUACUUGUUCCAGUUCUCUUCGGGUACAUGAAAGAGCUCACAGUGGAGAAAAACCCUAUGAAUGUAAACAGUGUUGUAAAGCAUUCAGAUGCUCCAGUUCUCUUCGGGUACAUGAAAGAUCUCACAGUGGAGAGAAACCCUAUGAAUGUAAACAAUGUUAUAAAACAUUCAGCUGUUCCAGCUCUCUUCAGAGACAUAAAAGAAUUCACAGUGGAGAGAAACCCUAUGGAUGUAAACAAUGUUAUAAAACAUUCAGCUGUUCCAGUUCUCUUCAGAGACAUAGAUUAACUCACAGUGGAGAAAAACCCUAUGAGUGUAAACAGUGUAGUAAAGCCUUUGGUGAUUCCUCUUCUCUUCACAGACAUAAAAGAAUUCACAGUGGAGAGAAACCUUAUGAGUGUAAGGAAUGUAGUAAAACAUUCAGCUGUUACAGUUCUCUUCAAAAGCAUGAAAGAACUCACAGUGGAGAGAAACCCUAUGAGUGUAGAGAAUGUAGUAAAACAUUCAGCUGUUCCAGUCAUCUUCGGAAGCAUGAAAGAACUCACAGUGGAGAGAAACCCUAUGAAUGUAAACAAUGUAGUAAGACAUUUAGUCAAGCCAGUAAUCUUCGGACACAUGAAAGAAUACAUAGUGGAGAGAAACCCUAUGAAUGUAAACAAUGUAGUAAAAGAUUCAAUCAAUCUAGUUCUCUUCGGAAACAUGAAAGAACUCAUGGUGGAUACAAACACCAUGAAUGUAAACAAUGUUGUAAAACACUCAGUUGUUCCAGUCAUUUUCAGACCUAUGAAAGAACUCACAAUGGAUAGAAACCCUAUGAAUUUAAAGAAAAUGUACUAACACAUUCAGUCUAUUCAGUCAUCUUCAAUUACAUGAAAUAACUGACAGGGGAGAGAAACCCUAUGAGUGUAAACAAUGUAGUAAGACAUCCAGUCAAGCCAGUGAUCUUCAUAAACAAGAAAUAACACAGAGGACAAAGAAACUAUGAAUGUAUAGAAUGCAGUAAAGCAUUCACUUAUUGGUAUAUUGCACCAAAGUAAAAGACUCUGUGGUGAGGGGAGGGUUCAGGUCCUGGAACAUGAUGGCAGAGGAGGAACCAGUGGGGGUUGAACUGUUAUGUGGAAAACUGAGAAAUGUUACACAUGUACAAACUAUUGUAUAUUACUGUCCACUGUAAACCAUUAAUUUCCCAAUAAAUUUUAAAAAACAA